AUGCACGGAUUCUCGGUGGUGGAUGCCGCCGUUGCCUCGGCCCCGGCCGAAAAAGAGGAGCAACUUGGGUUCUCGGAGGUUGGCUCCGACGUGAGCACCGUGGACACCGACGAUGACACCGAGGAGAUCAACGUUCAUGCGUGGGGCUCGGUCGGGCGCAAGAUCUUUCACACCCUGGCGGACUUAAGUGACGACGAGUUCGAGGUCGAGCCGCCGAUUGACGUCAAGUCUUGGAGUGCUGUGGGAGCCCGUAUCCGCCAGUCCCUUGUGGACUUGGAUGAGGCCGGUCCUGUGAGCUAUAAGAAGGAGCUGGCCAAAAAGACGCAGAGGCGAGUAGAGGAUCAAUCCUACUUCCCUCACCUUAACCACGAGCAGCAGCAGCACAUGAAGGAUCUCUGGAAGAAGUUCCGCGUCCAGUGCUACGAUUACUGGAUGGAGGAGGUGGAGAACGAGAAGCUCAUGCACGCGCACGGGGUCCUAAAGGAGGUGGUGGCCCGGUGCACGCUGAGCUUCCGAGAGAGGAGCAGCCACGUGAAGGACGCCGCGGUUUGCCACGAAGAGAUCCUCAUGGCCUAUCGGCACUGCAAGCGGCUGCGAACGGAGUGA